AUGGUGCAGUUGUUCCUGCCAUCUAAAGAGAACCUGCUUUCCAGAGGUGUUACGGUUGGAGGCGAGUGUGGUGUGUGUAAAGAAGGGAACAAGGCUUUAUGGGAAGGGGUGCUGCCUAAUCCGGUGCGCACUGUUGCACUGGCUGGAAGUUGCAGGGAAGAGUGGCUGAAUGCUCACUCAACUGUCGGCCAUGCUACAACAACUGGAGCUGCUGCCGCGGUCCCGCGUGGUUGCUCGGGCUGGCAUAAUAUACCAGAGGGCUCUAUCCGGUGUGGGGUGGAUGCUGCGUUUUUCACCAGCAUGAAUGCCAUGGGUAUUGGCAUUGUUAUACGUGAUCAUGAGGGCAAUUUCUUGGCUGGAAAAUCUGUGAAAAUUCGUGGUUUGCAGGCUGUAGAUGAAGGAGAACUCAUGGGUAUAAAGGAAGCUCUCUCUUGGUUGAAGGAACUUGGCCUCAUGCAUGGUUCGAUUGAGUCAGAUAGCAAAUUGGCUUGUGAUGCUAUAAACAAGAAUGAGAGGAGUAUCAACGAAAAAGGCAUUAUUGUGGCUUGCUGUCGACGGGAUCUUGUGCUCUUGCCGGAUAUUAGAGUUAUGCAUAUUCGGAGAAAUCAAAAUGCGAUAGCUCAUUGCUUCGCUAAAGCUGCGAGAGAUGUUGCUAAACUUCAUGUUUGGAAUGAACCCCCGUCCUUUGUGGAGGGUCAUCUCGAUCCAUGCUCCAUGCUCGUGUAA